CCGGGUGCUGGCCUUCUGGCACGUGGUGUGUGAGACCUUCCGGAAGAUCGUGGACAGCAAAUAUUUUGGCCGUGGGAUCAUGGUGGCCAUUCUCAUCAACACACUCAGCAUGGGGAUUGAGUACCACGAGCAGCCGGAGGAGCUUACCAAUGCCCUGGAGAUCAGCAACAUAGUCUUCACAAGCCUCUUUGCCCUGGAGAUGCUGUUGAAAGUCCUUGUUUACGGUCCUUUUGGCUACAUUAAGAAUCCAUACAACAUCUUUGAUGGGAUCAUUGUGGUGAUUAGCGUGUGGGAGAUAGUGGGCCAGCAAGGUGGGGGGCUCUCGGUCCUGCGGACCUUUCGGCUCAUGCGAGUUUUGAAGCUGGUCCGCUUCAUGCCAGCCCUCCAGCGCCAGCUUGUAGUCCUCAUGAAGACCAUGGACAACGUGGCCACGUUCUGCAUGUUGCUGAUGCUCUUCAUCUUCAUCUUCAGCAUCCUGGGGAUGCACCUCUUUGGCUGUAAAUUUGCCUCGGAGCGAGAUGGCGACACGCUGCCCGACAGGAAGAACUUCGACUCCUUGCUCUGGGCCAUUGUCACCGUUUUCCAGAUUUUGACCCAGGAAGACUGGAACAAGGUCCUCUACAAUGGCAUGGCAUCAACCUCCUCCUGGGCUGCUCUCUACUUCAUCGCUCUCAUGACGUUUGGGAAUUAUGUUCUCUUUAACCUGCUGGUGGCCAUCCUGGUAGAGGGUUUCCAGACGGAGAAAGGCAAACUGGGAGUGCAAGAACAGGGGGAUGCUUCCAAGUCUGAUUCCGAGGGGGAUCUCUUUCCCCGCAGCCUAGAAGAGGAGGGAGGACUUAAGAAGAACCUGUCAAAUCCAGCCUUGAUGGCCCUGAGCGACCACCCGGAGCUGAAGAAGAGCUUGACCCCGCCGCUCAUCAUACACACCGCUGCCACGCCGAUGCCCAUGCCCAAGAGCGCCAUGUUCGGAGACGCAGCGCAGGGCUACGAGUCCCGCCGGGCCAGCGGCGUCUCCGUGGACCCCGCCGCCUACGAGCUCAAGUCCCCGCCCAGCGCCCGCAGCUCCCCGCACAGCCCCUGGCGCGCCAGCAGCAGCUGGAACAGCCGCCGCUCCAGCUGGAACAGCAUCGGCCGAGCCCCCAGCCUCAAGCGUCGGGGGCAAAGCGGCGAGCGCAGAUCCCUCCUCUCCGGGGAGGGGAAGGAGAGCUCCGAGGAAGGGGAGAGCUCGGAUGAGGAGCGCUCCAGCCGGGCCGGCAGCUUCAAUGGCUCUUUGCCUCAUCGCAUGGAAUCGCUGGAAACAAAAGGCUCCUUCGACCUCCAGGAUACCCUGCAGGUGCCUUCCCUGUACAGAACCAGCAGCAUGCACAGCAGCCGAACCUCCACCUCUGAGCACCAGGACUGCAACGGGAAGACCUCUCCGGGUCUGCUGCUGCACCAGCUCCACCUGGAUGACCCCCGACAGGACUGUGAUGACUGCGAUGAUGAAGGCAACAUGAGCAAAAGGGACCGCAUGAAGGCAUGGGUACGGGCACGUCUCCCCGCCUGCUGCAAACAGAGAGACUCCUGGUCCAUCUACAUCUUCGCCCCUCACUCAAGAUUCCGUCUGAUGUGCAAUAAAAUCAUCACACACAAGAUGUUUGAUCAUAUCGUCUUGGUGAUCAUUUUCCUGAAUUGCAUUACCAUUGCCAUGGAACGACCCAAAAUUGAGCCUCACAGUGCUGAACGGAUUUUCCUAACGCUCUCCAACUACAUCUUUACAGUUAUCUUCCUGACUGAGAUGACGGUUAAGGUGGUGGCACUAGGCUUGUGUUUUGGGGAGAAAGCCUACUUGAAAAGCAGCUGGAACGUGCUGGAUGGGGUGCUGGUUCUCAUCUCUGUCAUCGACAUCCUGGUCUCAAUGGUGUCAGACAGCGGCACGAAAAUCCUGGGGAUGCUACGGGUUUUGAGACUGCUGAGGACGCUGCGGCCCUUAAGAGUCAUUAGUCGAGCCCAAGGACUGAAGCUGGUGGUGGAGACUCUCAUGUCUUCCCUGAAGCCCAUUGGGAACAUCGUGGUCAUCUGCUGUGCUUUUUUCAUAAUCUUUGGGAUCCUGGGAGUUCAGCUUUUCAAAGGCAAGUUUUUUGUCUGCCAGGGAGAGGACACCAGAAACAUCACAAAUAAAUCGGAUUGUACAGAAGCAAGCUACAAAUGGGUCCGGCACAAGUAUAAUUUUGAUAAUCUCGGCCAGGCCCUGAUGUCUCUCUUUGUUCUGGCCUCCAAGGACGGGUGGGUGGAUAUCAUGUACGACGGCCUAGAUGCUGUGGGAGUUGACCAGCAGCCAGUCAUGAACUACAACCCGUGGAUGCUCCUCUACUUCAUCUCCUUCCUGCUGAUCGUGGCCUUCUUCGUCCUCAACAUGUUCGUGGGGGUAGUGGUGGAGAAUUUCCACAAGUGUCGGCAGCACCAGGAGGAGGAAGAAGCCAAGAGGCGGGAGGAGAAGAGGCUUCGCCGGCUGGAGAAAAAGAGAAGGAGUAAGGAGAAACAGAUGGCUGAUCUAAUGCUGGAUGAUGUAUUAAUGGAGAGCUCAGCCAGUGCAGUGCAAGAAGCACAGUGUAAGCCCUACUACUCGGAUUACUCCCGCUUCCGCCUCCUGAUCCACCAGAUGUGCACCAGCCACUACCUGGAUUUGUUCAUCACUGGCGUGAUCGGCCUCAACGUGAUCACCAUGGCCAUGGAGCACUACCAGCAGCCAAAGGUCCUUGAUGAAGCCCUGAAGAUUUGCAAUUACAUCUUCACCGUUAUCUUUGUCCUGGAGUCUGUUUUCAAGCUUAUCGCCUUUGGGUUUCGUCGCUUCUUCCAAGACAGAUGGAACCAAUUAGAUCUGGCAAUUGUGCUGCUGUCUAUCAUGGGCAUCACUUUGGAAGAGAUCGAGGUGAACGCUUCGCUACCAAUUAACCCCACUAUUAUCCGAAUCAUGAGGGUUCUCAGGAUUGCUCGAGUGUUGAAGUUGCUGAAGAUGGCUGUAGGGAUGAGAGCCCUGCUGGACACCGUGAUGCAAGCGCUGCCGCAGGUGGGGAAUCUGGGUCUUCUCUUCAUGUUGUUGUUUUUCAUAUUUGCAGCUCUUGGAGUGGAGCUGUUUGGAGACCUCGAGUGUGACGACACGCACCCCUGCGAGGGGCUGGGACGGCACGCCACCUUCAGAAACUUUGGGAUGGCCUUUCUGACGCUCUUCCGAGUAUCCACGGGAGACAACUGGAAUGGGAUAAUGAAGGACACGCUGCGAGACUGUGACCAGGAGUCCACCUGUUACAACACCGUCAUUUCACCCAUCUACUUCGUCUCCUUCGUGCUGACAGCCCAGUUUGUCCUGGUGAACGUGGUGAUCGCCGUGCUCAUGAAGCACUUGGAGGAGAGCAACAAGGAGGCUAAGGAGGAGGCAGAGCUCGAAGCAGAACUGGAAAUGGAAAUGAAGACGAUCACCCCUGGGCAACACAGCCCCUCGGACAUCUUUGCAUGGACAGGCGGUGCUGGUGGAGAGAGACCCGAGAGCCCCCGGGGAUGUACCAAUCCCAUGCAAAUCAAGGUGGAUUCUCAGCUCUCAUUAGUUUACCCUAUGGAAAGGCACUUGUUUGAUACCAUAUCACUGCUGAUCCAGGAAUCUCUGGAAGGAGAGCUGAAGCUGAUGGACAACCUGUCAGGCUCUGUGUGCCAUCAUUAUGCACUCCCAGCUCCCGAAUAUUACAACUCUGAGAACCAGGCCGAUCUCCGCUCCAAAGACGAUACGCUGACCCUGUCUCCCAGCAAGGACUUGCUGAGCGUGAGAAAGCCUUCAGUGGGGCGUACCCACUCUUUGCCAAAUGACAGCUACAUGUUCCAGCCGCCGUACUCCAGCCCCUGCCCUGCCUCCCUGGGCGAGAGGAAUCCGGCACAUCACAAGUCUCAGUCAGGUUCAAAGGCAUCGGUGCAGUCGCAGCCGGCGGACACCAGCUCUCUCCUGCAAAUUCCAAAAGACCAUUUUCACCACGUAAAACCUCUUGACCAUUUGGUGAGGGAGAGCAAACCUCGGGUUUCCCAGCAGGUGCACUCUCCUUCUGCUGAAAGGCUGCUCCGCAGACAGAUGGCUAUACGGAACGACUCUUUGGAUAGCAAGGAGAAUCUCCACACCGAGGUGAGUGAACUUUCUGACCCAAAUGUCCCCGCUGUGCCCACGGAGGAGUCAUCAGUGGCUCUGACACCCUCAGAAGCGAAUGAGUUGGCUGCAUGGAGCCGGGCAAGCGUUCAUACGCAGCAGCAUUCCCACAAUCAGUAUAAUAUUUCAAAGCAGGCACCAGCAUCGUGUGCUUGUGCAGACUCGUAUCAGGAGACACCUGGAGAUUCAAUGGACCAAGAAGUAUCUGAAACAAACAGCUCCUCAGAGCCUUUCACUUCAGAAACUUGUACAGCCUCGAGUGCCUGUUCAGAGGUUCAGCCUCUCACUCCUAAGAGGAACAUAGGCAAUACUGGCAACGUUACAUUGAAGGACCUGAAGAAAUACCACAGUGUAGACACCCAGGGUCUUCUAAAAAAACCGCCCUCUUGGUUAGAUGAUCAAAGGAGACAUUCAAUAGAAAUUUGUUCAAUGGAAAACAGCCCUCAGCACCACUCCACAUCUAGCUCUUCUGGCUUCAUAAGUCAGGUGGUAAGUGAAAUGGAAGGCUUGCAAGGAACACGGCAGAAGAAAAAACUGAGUCCUCCAUGCAUAUCUAUAGAUCCACCCGAUGGACAGAGUUUGCUACCUAGAGGACCUCACAGCAUCUCACCUGCCAGUGGAGACGUUUGCUUGAGACGGCGUGCUCCAUCUUGUGAGUCCAAGGAUUCGAUGGAUAUAGGGGAUUCGUUGCUUCCAGACAGUAUGUCAACAUCUCCUACCCCAAAGAAAGACUUGUUGACACUUCCUAGCUUUUCCUUUGAUCAAACGGAAAUGGACCCCUGAGUUACUUUUCUGUUGGUGCCAAAUGUUUUCUUCCUUUCAUGUAAUAGAAAAAAAAAAAAAUUAAAAAACUCUGUAUUCCAAAAUGGCACUGGGUAAAAAAUUUCCAAAGAAAGAUUAAAGAACCAGC